GACCUGGAGUCCCGGACAGACCAGGACGGCCCGGUCGCACGCGCCCGCUGGGCGCGUCUGAGGCGCCGGGGCGCCGCCGCCUCGCUGGCGGCGACCGCAGCCCUGGCCGUGGCUUGGCUCGCCUCGGCGGCCGCGGGGCGGCGGCCGCCCGCCGCGGAGGUCGGCGCGGAGCUGCAGGACGACGUGGUCGGGCUGUCGGCGGACGAGCAAGUUCGUCGCCAGGCGAGGAUGGCGCGCCUGCGGAACCUGGGGGCCCACCGGUGGGGCGUCAACAUCCACUUCACAGGCGACCACCAGUCUGAGAUUGCCGCGCUGUCGAAGGGUUUCAAGAUGACGCGCGUCGACCUGUUCUGGCACAAGGCCGAGAGGGUGAAGAACCAGUUCCGGAAUUUCGCGCAGUGGGACCAGCUCGUGGAGAGUCUGCAGAGGAACGGCGUGCAGCCUAUGUUCAUCCUCUGCUACGGCAACCCGCUGUACGGCUGCCCAGACCAUCCCAGGACCCCUUUCUGCCAGCACAAGUUCGCCAACUACGCACAGCAAGCGAUGACACACUUCAAGGGCAAAGGCAUAAUCUGGGAGCUGUACAACGAACCGAACGGGUUCUGGGCGCAAUAUGGAAAGCUCAAGGAAGAAGCCAGGGUAGAAUAUACUGCGUUAGCUUCCAAAGUCUUGCAUCGUGUCCGAUCUGACCCGCAAAUCCGCGACGAGAUCGUCAUUGGGCCUGCCACCUCAGGUCUCGACAUAGAUUUCAUCAUGGUUUGUGUCCACCAUGGGCUCAUGAAGCUUUCAAGUUCGACGGCAUCUCCGCGCACCCGUACCGAAGGGCGAUCCCCGAGGACGUGA